AUGAUCCAAGUUGUCAUGCACAUUUUCCGCCUUCUGCCUGGCCGCCUUGACGGCGGCGUCCGCAGCCUCAGUCCACCGACAAGGUGGGAUGAAGGAGGCUUUUUGGGAGUGACGGCAAGGCGGCAAACGGCAAGGGAGACGACAAACCAGCGAGUAGGUUACAUCAUAGGUCAUGUGCUAGGUGAGACGUUUGGUUAUGUGCUAGGUCAGAUGUUAGGUUAUGUGCUAGAGGAGCAUGACGAGGAUGUAGAGCGCGGCGAUGAGCCAGAGUGCUGUGAUGGCGAAGAGGAAGGGCGUCCUGAUGUGCCAGAGGAACUCAUCACACUUGUGGAAGAGAUCUCUGAAAUACUCAGAGGGGAGGACUUGGGAGAGCUGCGUGGAGAAGCUGGAGCAUGA